AUGUUUUCUUGUUUCUGUUUCAGCAUUGAGGAUAAAUCCUUCAACACCACAGCUUUAGCAGAGUGUGAUGAGGAUUCAGAUUCUGUUUGUGGAGCUCACGCAGCCAGUUCCAGCCCCAGAGAUGAUGAUAACAAAGAAAAUUAUCCAGACAACACAGCUAUCUUAGAAGAAAGGUGGCUGUCUUUGCAAGAUACUCAGCAGCACAAGGAGCAGGCUUUGAAGCCUGACAUGGGCAACUUAAAGCUCAGAAAGCCUAAGCCUGUCUCAAAGUUAGAAAAUGGAAAAGGCCAUGAGGAAAGUCAGGAGCUGGAGAGUUCAUUGCCAGGCCUCUCAGAGCGGCAAGGGAAGGCAGGAUCCUCAGCUAAUGACUGUGCGUGGAAUGUGGAUUUUAGAUGCCAGGAAGCUGUUGUGAGAUUUCAGCCAAGAAUUGAUCAAAACACAUGUAUUUCACAAAAUGAAGCAACUGAGCAACUAUGCAGCUCAAGUGAGAAUUCUUUGUUGAAGCUACAAGCCCUCGAAACCGAUCUGUGCUCUGCAUUUCUGCCAACCCAGGAGGAAACUCCCCAGCUGCCGGCACCCAAGGAUCCAGCCCCUUCAUCAGUCCAAACCAAUGUGCAAGCUGAUGGGGCCAGUAGUGGAGACCAGUAUCACUUCAUUUCUCCUAUUAUUGAUUUUAGUUUAAUGCAUCAGCAGAGAGAUAGUGAAGAGCCUUUACCAGCCCACAGAGGCUGGCAGAAUGACAUGGACAGCAGCCCACAAGAACAUCGCUCCCUAGGAACCAGUCGACUGCUGUAUCACAUUACUGAUGGAGACAAUCCUCUUUUGUCGCCACGCUGCUCUAUCUUUAGCCAAAGCCAGAGAUUUAAUCUAGACCCAGAAUCUGCCCCUUCUCCACCGAGCGCUCAACCUUUCAUGAUACCAAGAAGUUCUUCUAGAUGUAAUUGUGAAGAGUGCAAAGAACCCCAAACAGUAGCACAACUUACCAAGCAUCUUCAGAGUCUCAAGAGAAAAAUUAGGAAGUAUGAAGAAAAGUUUGAGCAAGAAAAAAAAUACCUGCCCUCACAUGGUGACAAGACUUCCAAUCCUGAAGUUCUAAAAUGGAUGAACGAUUUGGCUAAAGGUCGUAAGCAGCUCAAAGAGCUGAAACUGAGAAUGUCUGAAGAGCAAAACUGUACCUCCAGAGCAUCCCAAAGAAAGGAUAGUAGUGAAAGUACUGGGACCCCCAUAGAGACUAGGACACAGGAGGCCACAAGCAUGGAACCAGCUCCUUUAGCAGAAGAAACCGUGGACAGUGUAUUGAGACAAUUAAAGGAGAAAAGACAACACUUCAAUGUUCCUGAGACUAUUAAGGUAACUAAACAAGAAAAGAGUCUUAUGAAACCUCUUUAUGACAGAUACAGAAUUAUCAAGAAACUUCUUGCAACUCCAUCAUUGAUCACCACAAUUCAGGAAGAAGAAGACUCAGAUGAAGACCAUUCUCAAAGCAGCCGUGAGUUAUCAUCUGGUCCAAUAUCUUGCCUCCCUGUCGAUGAGCACCUGUGUUACUCUCAGGAGGAGAGUGAGCCUGCAUAUGUCUCACCUCCAAAUGAAAAGAAAACUUUAAGACAAACAGCCUUAUCUAUGUCCAAUUUACAUGAGGCAACCAUGCCUGUUCUGCUUGAACAUCUCCGAGAAACAAGAGCAGACAAGAAAAGGCUUCGCAAAGCUUUAAGAGAGUUUGAAGAACAAUUCUAUAAGCAGACAGGAAGGAGUCCUCUAAAGGAAGAUCGUGUACCAAUGGCAGAGGAAUACUCAGAAUACAAACACACAAAGGCCAAAAUCAGGCUCAUAGAAGUUCUCAUCAGUAAGCAUGAUGUUUCCAAAACAAUUUGAAAUCAGUACAAUGAAGUGGUAUCAUUCUCUAGCAAAUCAAACAAACAAUAAUGGAAAAACAAAGUGGUAGUUUUAGAGGUCUUGGUCAGCUGCACAAUUAUUUGACACGCUGAGAUCUUUUGAUGCACUUUAACAAUUCUAAAAGCGGGGAUGAGGGAGGACAGCAAUAUAUGAGAAUAUUAAGAAUGGAUGAGUGAACUAUAUAUAGAAUAUAUAUAUAUUUUUUCCCUUUAAAGCCUUGAAGUGCACUGUGAGAAUGUUAGAAAUUAAAAGGACACUGAAGUAUUGUUGACUCUCUGUUUGACUUGUUCCUAGGUUUUAAAAGUGUGAGGAGAUGUCUCCAGGUUAUUAGUACAUCUUAGAAUACACUAACGUACCACAUACUUCUAUUUUUUUUUUAAACAGAACUAACAUGCAGUAUAAAUAAAACUAUAACUAUUAGUUCUCAACGUGUGGUUCACUAGAUUAAAAGAAACACAAGUAAGUAAGUUUAAAACAACAAACUCUGUCUUUCAAGACAGAGUUGCCACUUAAUUCCAGUACAUUCAAGGAAAAAACUUUGACAGGAUUUAGAGGAAGAAGGCAUGACUGCCAAAUGGAAUUAGUGUAUUUCAGAAAUAAGAGAAGCAAAACGAAACAGGUAACGUUUAUCAGGAGGAGAUUUAGCAAACGUACUGAAUGACAUCCUUUUCAUUAUGGUUCACAGGACCUGGUUUAUGGUACAUAAAAUUCGGGAAAUAGACCAACCAUAUGCUAAAUUUUAUUUCCAUACUGAAUUUCUGCACUUUAUUUUGCCUGAUGCUAUAAUGUUUGCUUUUCUGAUUACCAAAGCUUGUUUAGAAGCAUGCACUUUGUACAAUGUCAAGUUAUUUAUUUCCUGUGUUAUUUAAAUUGCCACAUAUAUAUAAAGACUAGAGUACUGCAUUAUGCUAAGAUAUUUUGGAUAGAUAAAGUCCCUGGUAUAUAACUGAGUGUCACAGUUAUCUGAUGAGGAACACUAGACUUCUUGUUUACUAUAAAAAAGAUUAUGAAGAAGAUAUUUUUCCAUUCAAAUUAUACAUCUUAAAUUUCAGAGCACCAGACUUUGUAAUAUUAAGGAAAUUGUCCCUCUAUUUGUGAUAAGUCAUCAGUGUGAAUUGUUAACAGAUGGGAUUAUCAGCAUUUUUGUACUAGAAAUAAAAAGCAGGGAUUCUGGGAAAUACUUAGCCCAGACAUAAAGGAAGAAUGAGAGAAGAAAAAAAGGGAUGUGCGUAAGUUGAAAUGUGUUUUGUGUUUUGGUUUAACUAUCAUUUUGUAUUGGCCUCAUAGUAAAAGGAACCUGUUUUCUAUCUAUCUUGGUAAGAAAAUUUUCAUUUUAUAAAGCCUAUUGUGUACCAACCACGUUUGUAUUUAUAUUGUAUGUGAUGAUGGGGCAUGUUUUUGAAGACGUACACAUUUUCAAGUAGCUUUAAGGAAAAAGUAUGAUGACUAUAAAAGGACGUUUUUAUUUCUCAGAGGUUUGUUGUUUCAGUGUACCAAUUUAAUAAUUUGUAAUUCAAAUUUUAUGAAUCAGAAUGGUCUCCUUCAUAAAUCUAUUUUAAUUAAAGUCAUCUAGAGCAACAGGAACAGAUACAGAACUAUUUGAAGUUUACAAACUACAUCUUUGAUAAGGGAAAAUGAUUUCAUGACAUAUGUAUACAAUUGAUAUUAAAACGUAAUCUAUAUAUUCUAUAUGAUUGUAUAA